AUGAAGAAAGUCUUUAGACAGCAUUAUCUGGUAAUGUGUUUUACAUGUGUUUUACUGUUUUCUUCACAGUCAAAAUACCAUGACAACCCAAAUCAAAAGGUAGCCUCAACCAAUACCCAAGAAGGGCUGAAACUCGUGCUGAUAAGUGGAAAUGUUUCAUGUUUCUGUGCCGAUGUCAUUGUCAACACUGUACCCUCGGAUCUUCAGCUUGGAAGGGGAUCACUCUCUCAGUCUCUUUUGUGUAAAGCUGGUCCCAUGCUCCAGACAGAGUUAAAUGCCACCAGGCAGGAAACAGAGGAGAAAGUGGGUAGCAUAUUCAUGACAAGUGGCUGCAAUCUGAACUGCAAAGCUGUGCUUCAUGCUGUGGCUCCAGACUGGAAUAAUGGAGCACAGUCUUCUUUGCAGAUAAUGGCAAAUAUAAUCAAGAACUGUUUGAUGACUGUAGAACGGCUAUCUUUCUCAUCAAUUACAUUUCCCAUGAUUGGAACAGGAAAUCUGGGGUUUCCCAAAGCUGUAUUUGCUGAACUAAUGCUUUCAGAAGUGUCCAAAUUUAGUACCAGGGCGUGGCUGAAAACCUUACAAAAAGUUUACUUUCUGGUACAUCUUGAUGAUGAUGAAAGCCGUAAGGCAUUUUUAAAUAAAUUCACUAGAUGGUGGAGUGGAAAUCUCAACAAGGAAAGGAUUAUCAUGGUUGGAAAUACCCAAGGUAUCUUUGGGUCUGUCACUUGCCCUUGGCCCACAGUGUAUGAAAUGAAAAUUGGUGCAAUUACUUUCCAGGUUGCUAUUGGAGAUAUUACAAAAGAAAGUGCAGAUGUUAUUGUAAACUCAACAACAAGGAUGUUUAACCUGAAAUCAGGGGUGUCAAAAGCAAUUUUAGAAGGUGCUGGACCAGCUGUGGAAGAUGAAUGUGCUGCACUAGCGACACAGCCUCACAGAGAUUAUAUAGUUACACAAGGUGGAUUCCUAUCGUGCCAUAUAAUAAUUCAUGUCCCGGGAGGAAACGAUGUCAGGAAAUCAGUUUCCAGUGUUCUGAAAGAGUGUGAACAGAGGAAGUACACGUCUAUUGCCCUUCCUGCCAUUGGAACAGGAAAUGCUGGGAAAAACCCAAUCAGAGUUGCUGAUGAUAUAAUCAAUGCUAUUGUAGACUUCACGUGUAAACAUUCUACUCCAUCAUUAAAAAAAGUUAAAGUUGUCAUCUUUGUAAAUGAGCUGCUGAAUGUAUUCUAUGUCAGCAUGAAGAAAAGAGAAGGAAUAGCAACAUCACCUACCUUUCAGUCCACAUUUCCCAAGGCUGCAUAUAAUAUUCCUGAAUAUUGGUCUGACAUGAAUCAGCAGCUGUUUCGUGUGAUCCAGCUACAACCUGGACAGUCAGAAUAUGACACUGUGAAGAAUAGAUUCUCUCAGACUUGUUUUUCAUACAGAAUAGAGAAGAUUGAGAAGAUACAGAAUGAAUUUCUCUGGCAGAGCUACCAGGUAAAGAAAAAUCACAUGGACAUCAAGAAUGGCCAUAUAGAUAAUGAGAAAAUCCUCUUCCACGGGACAGAUGCACACUCAGUGCCACAUGUCAAUCAGCACGGCUUUAAUCGCAGUUAUGCUGGGAAGAAUGCUGUAGCCUAUGGAAAAGGAACUUAUUUUGCUGUUGAUGCCAGUUAUUCUGCUAAUGAUAAAUACGCCAGACCAGAUAGCACUGGGAGGAAACAUAUUUAUGUUGUACGAGUACUUACAGGAGUCUAUACACUUGGACGUGAAGGAAUAAUUACGCCUCCACCAAAGAACCCUUACAAUUCUACAGAUCUCUUUGACUCUGUCACAGAUGAUAUGCACCAUCCAAAGUUAUUUGUGGUAUUCUUUGAUAAUCAAGCUUACCCCGAAUAUCUCAUAACUUUCAGAUGUUAA